AUGUCGAGGGUCAUAGAAGUUUGCCGGGAAUACCGCCGAACCCUUGUUCUAACCUUCGUCGACUAUGAGAAAGCACUUGACAGCGUAGAAACAAAUGCAAUACUAUCAGCGCUGGUCGAUCAAGGUGUGGACGUUUCGUAUGUGAGGACAUUAGCCAAUUGCUACGAUCGAUGCACUACGAAGACACAGCUUUUUCGCCGCUUCCUCACAAUACCCUUUGGAAAGGAGGUACGACAAGGCGAUACUAUAUCGCCGAAGCUGUUCACGGCUGCAUUGCAAUGGAUAAUGGAAUCACUUUACUGGGAAGAAAGAGGCAUACGUGUUGAUGGAAGAUUUCUGUCGAACCUUCGACAUCGUUCUCUUUUCGAGAAGUAG